GUAGAAACGGUCAUUACGAGGGUUGAGGAAUUUCCGCUCCGGGACUAACAAAUCCCCGCCAUUUCUCUCCACACUUGCCUUAGUCAUCACUCAUAGUUUUUUCUCUUGAGCUUAAUUCUACAGAAAAAUCGUAGUAAGCGUGAAAUGGGGAACUGGUGGUCCUUCGGAGAGCCGCCGCCACCGCCCAUGGUGCUGGUUCCGCCGCUCUUCGAUUUCCCUCCUCUCGCCGCCCGUACUAGAAUGCUGGAAUCAUCGUACGGAUUGUUGUUUGGCAAGCUGGCUUUGAGGUGCCUCUUCGAGGACUACUUUGAAGAAGCAAAGCAUUUCAGCACAAGAAUUAUGCUUAAGCCGAUUGAUGAUCCACAUGUUGAUUUGAUUGCCACUGUUUCUGGUCCAAUCAACCACAACCCAGAGGAGAAAAUUGUAGGAAAUGCACAGUUCCGCUGGCAAAGUGACGUUGAUGACCCUCACACAUUUGUUGAUCUAUUUGUUUCAAACACUGAGCCGAUAUUACUGAUGAGAUCCUGUGCGUACUACCCCAAGUUUGGGUUUGGAGCAUUUGGCAUAUUCCCUGUGCUUUUGAAGCAAAGAGUAUCUUCUGAGGAUUAUGGCGUCAUGGGUUUAAGAUAUGGUUCUUCAAAUCUGUCGGUUGGAGCUACAGUUAUUCCUUUCCCUGCUGGAGAUGAAUUCCCAAGAAAUGCAUGGUUAGUGAGCAAGAUGGGAAGGUUAACUGCUGGAGUGCAAUACGAACCAAAAUUUGGAAGCAAAGACAGAGCAGGAUACAAAAACUUAGCCAAUUGGAGCUGUGCGAUCGGUUAUGGGUUAGGAUCAGGCAGUCCAUUGAGCCCAUCAUUCAAUUUUGGACUUGAACUUGCUAAAAAUUCACAGUUCAUUGCUUCUUUCUAUCAACAUGUGGUGGUCCAAAGACGGGUGAAAAAUCCACUUGAGGAAGAUGAAAUAGUUGGAAUCACUAAUUACAUUGACUUCGGUUUUGAGUUGCAGACGAGCGUUGAUGAUGACAAGUCGUCAAACAAUAUUCAGGAUUCCACUUUUCAAAUUGCUGCAUCUUGGCAAGCGAAUAAGAAUUUCUUACUCAAGGGAAAGGUGGGGCCUCUCAGCUCGUCAAUAGCAUUGGCUUUCAAAUCAUGGUGGAAACCUGCUUUCACAUUAAGCAUGUCAGCUACUAGAGAUCGCACCAUGGCAGAAACAGCCUUUGGAUUUGGUAUUCGUGUUGACAACAUUCGGGAAGCAAGUUAUCAAAGGGCAGAUCCCAAUUUUGUCAUGCUGACGCCAAAUAAAGAGCAUCUAGCUGAGGGCAUCCACUGGAAAAGUGGGAAAAGACCAGUGCUCCAAUCAGAUGUUAAUUCUGGAAAUUUUGAUGGCGUGCCCAAGGAAUUGAGACCCUUGAAUAAAAUUUUGUAGUCUGUAGUAACUUCUCUUUACACAUGAAUAUUAUACAAUUUGAGGUUUAUGUUUUUUUCACAUAGCGUUUCAAUAUCGAGAACACGUUUUCACCA